UUUUAGUUUUUUUCUGUUUAUUUGUAGAACAAGGCGUCGGAAAGGCAGCGCCUCUUUGUCCUAUCUUUAAUAAUGGCUACUGCUGCUACUUCUUGCCAGAGCUUUAUUUUCCUAAACUACAAUACUAAAACCCCAAAUUUCUCUCUUCCAAACAACUCCAUCUCCAUUCUUAAUCCCGUUUCAAAUUCCAUUCUUCUCACUGCUCGCUCUAGACCAACCCAUUUGUGGCUUAAUAGGAACAAAUCACUCACUCCUCGUCCCUCUUGCACCAACGGUCUUUCCUCAAUCACUCCCAAUACCAGCCAGUACAAGUUUUCAGAUGGGUCCUCCGAGGUUGAGUUAAGAUUACAAGUGGGUGGCCAAGAUAUUUUGAGCUCCAAAGAUGUGUUUGUUGAUGCAGAUGGUUCUUCUUUGAUUGUUAGAGUAAAGCGCUCUGGUUCUCUUCUUACGCUUAUUGAAACUAAUCAACUGUUUGAUAAAAUAAAGCCUGCUGAAACAAUAUGGUAUAUAGAUGACGAUGAAUUGGUAAUUAAUUUGAAGAAGCAGGACCCGGAAUUGAAGUGGCCGGACAUUGUGGAAUCAUGGGAGUCCCUGACAGCAGGGUCUAUGCAGCUUCUUAAAGGAACAUCCAUUUACCUAGUUGGGGAUUCAACUGAAAUCAAUGAGAAAGUGGCUCGUGAACUUGCUGUUGGUCUUGGGUAUACACCUCUGAAUACAAAAGAGUUGCUGGAAACAUUUGCCAAGCAAACUAUUGAUUCAUGGAUGCUUGCUGAAGGCUCAGACUCUGUAGCUGAAGCAGAAUGUGCUAUAUUGGAAAGUCUAAGUAGUCAUGUACGUGCUGUUGUUUCAACUUUAGGAGGGCCACAGGGUGCUGCCGCAAGUGUUGAUAAAUGGCAACAUCUUUAUGCAGGAUUUACUGUGUGGCUUUCACAGACUGAAGCAACAGAUGAGAAUUCAGCUAAGGAGGAGGCCAGAAGGCAAGUUCAAAAUGGUAAUUUAGGUUAUUCAAAUGCAGACGUAGUUGUAAAGCUGCAGGGUUGGGAUGCUGAUCAAGCCAAAAGUGUGGCUCAGGCAUCCUUGAGUGCCCUCAAGCAAUUAAUUUUGUCUGACAGGAAACUCCCAGGUAAGAAGAGUCUUUAUAUAAGGUUGGGAUGUCGUGGUGAUUGGCCAAACAUUAAGCCUCCAGGAUGGGAUCCGUCAUCUGGAGCUAAUCCAUCUCCUGCAACAUUGUAGAAAUAAACUAUGUACAAUAAAGCAAUGCAAUAGAUUACUUGAGCAUUUGUCCUCAA